CUGCCAGCAUGACAGGAAGCUUGGAUCAGUUCAGUUGAUCUAGGAUUUUAGUGGGUUGUCAGGUUUGGUGGGCGGCAUCCACCAGUCAGAAGAGAUAAUCGCUGUCAAACCAAAUGACAGUUCUCUUCUAGACUAUUUCACGGACUCUGAAAGGACUGGUGAGAAAAUCCCACCAUGAUUGGAGGGUUGUUUGUGUACAACCACAAGGGGGAGGUGCUAAUCUCACGUGUGUACCGAGAUGAUAUUGGACGAAAUGCUGUGGAUGCAUUCCGUGUCAAUGUCAUCCAUGCAAGACAACAAGUCCGCUCUCCAGUUACCAACAUUGCCCGUACAUCCUUCUUCCACAUCAAGCGUGCAAAUAUCUGGUUGGCUGCAGUAACCAAGCAAAAUGUUAAUGCCGCAAUGGUCUUCGAAUUUCUCCUGAAGAUUGUUGAUGUCAUGCAAUCAUACUUUGGAAAGAUCUCUGAAGAAAACAUCAAAAACAACUUUGUUCUCAUCUAUGAACUUCUUGAUGAAAUCUUGGACUUUGGCUAUCCUCAAAACUCUGACACAGGAGUGCUGAAGACUUUCAUUACACAGGCUGGUAUCAAGUCCCAGACCAAAGAGGAACAAGCCCAGAUCACUUCUCAAGUGACUGGGCAGAUUGGAUGGCGUCGCGAAGGAAUCAAGUAUCGCCGCAAUGAGCUUUUCCUUGAUGUUCUUGAAUAUGUGAAUCUCCUCAUGUCUCCUCAGGGUCAAGUCUUGUCUGCACAUGUCGCCGGAAGAGUGGUAAUGAAGUCCUACCUCUCAGGAAUGCCAGAGUGCAAGUUUGGAAUCAAUGACAAGAUUGUAAUGGAAGCCAAGGGCAAAUCUUUGGUGACCAGUGGAGGCGGUGGUCUUGGUGGAGCCGAUGACCCAGCUCGUUCUGGAAAGCCUGUCGUGGUUAUAGAUGAUUGCCAGUUCCAUCAAUGUGUCAAGCUUUCUAAGUUCGAAACAGAGCAUGCCAUCAGUUUCAUACCCCCAGAUGGCGAAUUUGAACUUAUGCGGUACCGAACAACUAAAGAUAUUUCACUGCCCUUCCGAGUAAUACCAUUAGUACGCGAAGUUGGCCGCACUAAAAUGGAGGUCAAAGUUGUUCUCAAAAGCAAUUUCAGACCAGCAUUGCUAGGUCAGAAGAUUGAAGUUAAGAUCCCCACACCUUUGAACACUUCUGGGGUGCAGUUGAUUUGCCUCAAAGGAAAGGCAAAGUACAAGGCGUCUGAAAAUGCCAUCAUGUGGAAGAUUAAGCGGCUUGCUGGAAUGAAAGAAACUCAACUAUCGGCUGAAAUUGAAUUGCUGGAAACUGAUACUAAAAAGAAGUGGACAAGACCUCCAAUUAGCAUGAACUUUGAGGUACCAUUUGCUCCAUCUGGCUUCAAAGUUAGAUACCUGAAGGUGUUCGAAUCCAAACUGAACUACUCUGAUCAUGAUGUUGUCAAGUGGGUGAGGUAUAUUGGGCACAGUGGGUUGUAUGAAACUCGAUGCUAACUGGAAUAGUAAGAGAUUCAGAAACAACUUUGCCUGUCCCUAUUUACUUAUGUUUAUUUUUUUGCCAUUGUAAUCAUUCCCAGUCACUUUAUCAAGAUAAGUGUGUAAGCAGUUCUUUGUAAGAAUGUGUUUUAAAAUUUGCUGAAGCAAAGUUGUUUUUAAUCUUCGUAAUGGAGCAUUGUAUGUUACUUGUGUGGCUAUUUGCUCUCUAGUUGAAAAUGUGCAAUAAUUUUGUUGAUUGAGCUGUAUGCCGUUUUAUUGAAGGCUAAGAGAUCUGUGAAGGCAUGUAUUAAUAUUGUUUCAUCUACGUCUCUGGCAGAAUUUUAGUCAAAUGUUUAUGCUUGUGAUAGCCAUGAAUGAAUGUCAUGUUAUUCAUAGUAACAUUUUUGAACCAAACGUACUACACUAUUUUGGGGUUUGAAUCAUUUAAUCCAGUGAUAUUCAAAUGCAAAGUAUCAUGUGGUCAGUCCUUAUUUGGUACUGAACCAAAGUGAUUUUAUUGAGUAUUGAAGCUAUUGAGCUUGUUUUUCGUUUUUCUAGAGGUGUUAAAGUUGUAAAUGUGAACAUAAUCAUAUUCCUAUUUGUAGAUAAACAUAUGUACACAAAGUAUAUAAAUAUCAGUGUUAAAAUUUGAACUUGAUGUUUCUCAGGAGUGAACUGAAAAUAAACUUUUGAACCACCA